GGUCACGCUCAUUCGUGGGAUUUUUUUUCUCUUCGACUUCCAGUUUCCUGCAGUCUUCUGCAGAUGUGAGUUUGUAGAUAAGUUGCUCUGGUGAAUUCACCACACACAAGAAAACUUUCCACCGACGGCACUUUGGCAGAGAAAUACCAGCUCCUGUAACCUGCGACUGAAGUUCACCAGCCAACCGCCGCCGAACAACAAAACCACGGGCGCCUCAGCCCUGUGCCAGCUGGAAGUCCUGGAUGAGCGACUUGUCCAAGAUGUCUUUCGGCGGGAUCCAAGGAAGUUCUUCAGAACCAUACCCUUCCAAGUCCACAAGGACUCAUUGACGUUGGACCUCAGACACACCUGCAGCUGGAAGACCAAAAAAAAUGAGGGGUUCGCUGGAAUUCCUUUUGGGUUGGUUCACUCUGUAUCUGCUGCUGCAAGGAGGUGACGUCUUUAUAAUAAGGAGUGCUAAUGAUCAGUGCUUGGAAGCUUCUUUGGGAAGCAGCCUUGUGCUGGCCAAGAAAUGCAACCCUAGCACUCAUCUCCAGGACUGGAUGUGGAGACAAGACAGGCUUUACAAUCAAGGGGCCAAAAGAUGUCUUUCGGUGAAUGAGACUUUCAUCGUUCAGACUGCAGCUUGUGAAAAUGGGUCAAACCUCAUGUGGACUUGCCGGAACCGCUUGCUCAUCCACAUUAAUACGACUCGUUUUCUGACCAGUGAUGGGGGAGCAGUGCUGAUUUCCAAAGAGAAAAGUAAAAAAUCCAAAUGGAGAUCAACGAACAACACCAGCAUCUGCGAGAAGCAACUUCAGGACAACCCACAGGUAACAUCAGCAACAGUGAAGAAACCCCAUGAAAGAAUUGGCGCUGAGAGUCAGAAUAAGACUCAAGAAGAAAGAACUACCUUAGAACAAAAAUUACCAUAUCCAACAGAGGAUUCCACCAACUGGAACUAUGCUAUAUUGACACUUGCAUUUGUCACACUGUUUCUGGCAUUCCUCAUCCUGGUGUUAAGCCACAGGGCUAACAAACGGCGUAAGCUUAAUGAAGCACGGGACAAGAACGAAACGGACACAGACUCAAUCAAGAAGGCGAUCCAGUAUGGGGUUGAAGUUGACAAUAUCACUGAGACAGACCAUAUCACUGAGAUGUUACAGACCAAGCAGGCCUUUGUUCCCUUGAACGCAGUGGCACAGACUCCAACUCCAAAGAUGUCACCAAAACCUGGACAGAUCUUGGUUGAAUGGAAGGAUGGAAAUAUAAGCUCCCUUUUCAUGGAUGGAAAGGAAGAUGAUGUGUAGCAUCCUUCAGUGUUUCACUUAAGUCAUUUUAUUACAAGAAUUAUUGACUUUUAUCUUAAAGUAUUUCUAAUAAAUUAAAGGAAAUGGGUUAGCAAGCUGGCUAUAAAAUAGGGAAAAGUGAUAAAUGCUUUUGUGUAUUAAGUAAUAUGUCACUUGGGUUAUUGCUGGGAAUACUAUCAUUCACAAUUUUACUCAGGACUUGGAGAUUAAAUGUACAAGUUUGCAGAAACACCAAGAUAAUUAAUUCCAAGGAAGACUGUGGCUAAGUGCAUUGAUAAAUCCAAAAUAAAAAAGAAAAUAUUAGAAUUCC